AUGAUGGAGCAAUAAAUUGUGACUCUCCCAGUGGAUGAUGAAAUUUAUGCUGAAAAAAUGACAUCUUCUAUCUCAUUUAUCUAGAACGACAUUAAUAGAAAAUAUUCAGAACUCAGAAUGCGAAGGCAGCAGCCCAAUCAGAGCAAAACUAUUUGCAAUAAAAUGCAAAGAAAUAUGCAGAGAUGCGACAGAAAAGGAGUCGAGAUCCUUAAAGGAGCAAAGGGCUUUCAUGUUACUUUCAAAGACCAAAUACCCACAGAGGAUUUCAUAGGAGCUGACAAUGAUCAGAGUAAUUUAGUGCUGCCUACUAUUGAUGAUGAAGAUGAAAUGACGUUGAUGAAUUAACAUUAUUCAGAUUUAAUAGUCAAUUAAGAGCAAUCUCAAGGCAGAUGUACAAAACCUGUGUAUACUGAGAUAAAUAUUCAAAACGAAACUGAUUAAAAUUAAGGGGAUGAAUCAAAGAUUAACUUUAGUGAGAGAGAACGAAGGGAAAGAUCAGAAGCGAUUAGAUAAUCUCUUCAUGAAAUAAUAGUUAUCGAGAGUUAUAAAACAUAUAAUAAAAAGCCUGCUUAAUGGGCAAGGAGAAAUGAUUCCUGCUGUACUGUCUUUUGA